AUGAGCGUGUACCCAUUCAAGGGUCUACGCGAGGCAGGAGCCUUGUUGACCACUGGCAGCGACUGGGUCUUUGCCCCCGAAACGCCCAACAUCUUCCCUGGCUUGCAAGCGCUAUUACAAGGCCGCAAAGGCUGGGAGUUGGACAAGGAGGACGUGAUUCGGAUCGUGACCAUCGACGGUGCGAUUGCCACCAACCGCGAGAAGAUGGAGGGCAGCAUCACCGCGGCGAAGCUGGCCAACUUCAUCAUCCUAGAUCGGGACCUGGUCAAGGCCGAGGAUAUCAGUACCACCGUUGUGUUGAAGACCUUCUUUGAGGUCGGGAGGUCUAUGACUAUGCCAGCGACGAGCUGA